UUUUUUUUUUCUUUUAUGAUCAACCACUCUUUUUGAGUUAUAAUAUUAUUAUUACAGUGGAAAAUGCGCCGAUUUUUGCUUCUUUUUCAAUUCACAGCUGCUCUUGCUAAAUCAGUGCAGUCGCAUCUCGACUCUCAGAUAUGUGCGGUGCCUAGCCCCUUAUUCGUAUUCGAUACUCAAAUAUGUGUAUCCUCCGAGGCUUCUCCCGGAGGACAUAGCGGGCCGCUAGACGAAGUAUCAUUGCCGCUUAAGGCUUGGAAGCCUGGCGGUAUAUGUCGCGGCGCUAGAGCUGAUAAGUUCUGCGUCUUCACCAACGAAGCAUUCAACCACGGCGAGGGCGUCUCGGUGAUUACUACCGCAAAGAGUAUCACAACUAUUUCAACACGACCCGCUUUCCUUACGAAGAAAACCGAGGUAUUUGAUUCGAAAUCAGAAUUAACCGUCCCUUACCGUGAAGUGGAAAUACCAGGUAAAGACAUUGGGUUAGUAGCAACAAGGGCGAUACGAGCAGGAGAGCUCAUAAUGGCCCGAACACCAGCAAUAAUGGUGAACGAAAAGGCAAUUAAUACACUAGGAAGGAAAGCUGUAUCGGAACUCCUUAUUCGCGCUACCCUCAAUCUCCCGUCUCGACAUAGAGAGUCUCUACUCAAGUUAUCGACGCAUAGCAGUGCGAGUGACUACGGUGAUAAGCUUUAUAAAAUUCUCCAAACGAAUUCAUUCCGAACAGGUUAUCACGAUGGGAUUAAUCCCUUUUAUUCUCUAUUUACCGAAGUAUCGCGACUCAAUCACGACUGUCGCCCCACUUGUGCCUACUAUUUCGAUCAUAGAGAUUUUCAUCAUAAAGUUAUGGCUGUUCGAGAUGUCGCGGAGGACGAGGAGCUUACAAUAGCUUAUUAUGAUCCUCUCCAAUCACACUCGACGAGACAAGAGAAGUUGCAAAAGGAGUGGGGCUUUAAGUGCUCAUGUCAGAGAUGCAGUGCAAAUGCGACGGCGAUAGCCGAAUCAGAUCGUAGAGUUUCUCAGAUACACGCUCUAUGGAAAGAACUAGACGACCAUUCCGCAACCUCGAAAGGAUCCGCAGAAAAGGCAAGACUUUUAAUCUCAUUAUACGAGGAGGAAGGUAUUCUAGGUCGAUUAAACGAAGCAUACUAUCGAGCGGCAAUCGAGUAUGUCGGAAUCGGCGACGUUGAAAAGGCAACGGAAUAUGCUGCGUUAUGCAUAGAGAAUGGCUUGCUAUUCGUAGGGCCUGAUCGUCCUUUUAUAAAGAAUAUGCAAGAACUUAUUGCAAAUCCGACGGGAAAUCCUAAAUGGAAAUUCCGUCUAAAAGACAAUUAAAAUACUGGAUUAUAGAAAAAAUCUCAAAGCCGUAUCUAUUUCCGACAGUUAGGUGCCCAUUGAUUGGCUUAUAUUUUCUUGAGUAUUCCCUGAGA